AUGUUGAAUGCUAAAGAAAAAAUAACACCUCUUGAUAUAAUUGAAUUAGUGUAUCAUCAAUAUUUAUACAACAAUUUGAAUACACAUUAUAUAAGGUAUGAUUUAGAUAUAGAAGAAAUGGAAUAUAUAAAACUAUCGAUUUUGUAUAUUGAUAGACAGUGGUCAAUUAUUAACAAUAGUAUUAGACAAGAUAAUAAUGACUACAUCUGCAAGAUCAGUCAAUUUAGACAAGUAAAAAAAUCGUAUUCACAAUUUAUUGACUACAUAGAAAAUCGAUUAAAAAAUAUUAAAGAUGAAGUGAAUUUCGAAAUAGAUAAUACAAAAUUUCCAAAAAACGAAUUGGAAGAGUGUACGCAUGUUUAUGAAGGUGUAGAGAAUGAAGUACUAAGACUAUUGAAACGAAUAAUGAUACCAGAAGGUUGUUAUAUGAUUUUAACAUGGUUAAGUCCACCAGAAUGGAAAAAAAAGUUUAAAAUCGAUAAAUUAAAUUAUGAUUUUGUUAGGUCUGAUUGCGAUUUUAGCAAAACAAAUAACGAUGACUAUAUGAGUUACGCUUAUCAAAGACCAUUAGAAGAAUUUGCUAAAGAAGUUCGAUUAGAACCAGUACUAGAAAUGUACUGGGAGUCUGAAGAACAGUUUACAUAA